AUGAAAUUAAAUCAAAAAUCAAAAGAUAUUUGUACCAAGCCUGAAAACUUUAUUGACAAAUUUUUUUUUAUUACCUCGGCAAAAGCAUGCGCAAUUAUGAUUUUGUAUAAUGCACUUUCUAAGGAUACUAUAAAAGAUAUUAUUGAUAUGAUUACUAGCGAUAAAUCUAGUUUCUAUUAUAAAGCAUUAGUUUUUUGGUUAAAAUAUAAUACAUCAAGGUUACCUAUAGAAAUUAAUAAUCAUGCUAACAAUACAUAUUUAAACUAUAAAUCAUUAGUUUUUGAAAAAAAAUUAUCCCGCGUGGAAGCAAAAAGGGUCAAAAUAUUUUUUAAUGUUUUAGCAAAAUGUGAGUUUAUAACCGUUAGUAACAUGAACGAAUUGUUUUAUACAUUUAUUAUUUGCAAAGCUUAUGCGGAAAAUUAUCAUCCUAGAUCAUUAAUUUGUAAUUCCAAUCUGCAUACAAUGAAAAUGUUUGGUUUGGCAUUUUUGGGUUUUAAUCAAGCACCCUUAGAUAUAUUAAAAAUAUUUUGUACUGUAUUUAAAGAAUAUAAAAAAUUUAUGGAUGCUAUUGAUCUAAACAAACCAAAUUCAGUUUAUGGUAUUAUAACAAGGGAAACAAAUAAAAUGAUAAGGUAG